CAUUUCUCACACUCCCACUCUCCUUCAUCUUCGUUGCCUCUCCCACUGCUCUCAUCGUCGACUGUCAACCACCCGACUCUUAUAACUGUUCCCCAACCGACCUCCUGUUCUCGGCUGUGCCCCCCUCUCUUCCAUCUCCUCGCCAUGGCUGCCCCUGUCUGCCCCAGGCCCAAAUCAGAUUCUUUCCAGGCUAAGACACGCUCCGGCACCAAGUCUGCCAACUGUUCUUCUUCCGGCAGCGCGUCCUCCAGCAGCGUCGUCACUCCAUUCACCGACCAGCCGAAGGGUGUUCAGGUGACGCCCAUCAUCUUCAUCCAACCCAAGCUCCACGCACCGCCCACCAUGGCAGAGUGGUACCUCCAGCACCUCAAACACUGGUACGAUGAGUAUCAUAAGCUCAAUAAGAACGAAAGCGUGGAGAUGGAGGAGGUGGUGCGCCGCAAGACCCACGCCGCCGAGAUGCACAACUACUACCUCGAGCGCUUUGCCCAUCUCACCGGCCGCCCUUACCCCUAUCCUCCGCCUCCGCGAUACUUUGAUCCCGACACGGCCGACCUCAUGCUCCUUCCCGACAUGCACGGAUACUACCUUGGCAAGUUCGCUUGUGAUUACGCUUGCUCUGUCGGACUGCCUAUGCCGACCCAUGUCAUCCCGGUCGACUGGGUAGAUGCGGCCGCGCCUUCCGGGGCGGACAUGCCUCCUGUUCAUCUUGCGGAAAGCCCCACGCCUUCUGAGGAGUGGGAUGCGGAGCGUUACCCCGAGGCGGCAACUCGCCAGAGCAUGCCCUCGCGCCCCCGCCCGCUGAGAUAUGCCUAGGCUCUUAUCUCACCGACCUUCCUCGCCGCCAGCUUCGUGAGGGCCGCCAUCGUCACCACUGCUUUAUAGACCCGCCCAUAUCCUCCAUUGUUGUUGCUU